AAAAAAAAAGAAGAAAAUUUUUCAAUUCUUCAGUAGUCAAAUAGAUGAAAACCGCCGGAGCGCCGCCGCAUAGAGGUGGUUCUUCCUCCUCUUCCUCCGCCGUAUACUUUAACCGGUCUUCAUCAUCUUGCUCUUACGAUAGCUGUAGAGUUUUGGUGGUGAAGAUGGGAGGAAAAAGCAAGAAGCCUAAUCAAGAUUCAGAGCCAGAACCACCGAGAAUCAAAUCCAAUGUUAAGCAUAACUUGCAGCUUCUGAAAUUAUGGAAGGAGUUUCAGAGCAGAGGAUCUGGCAUGGCUAAGCCAGCGACUAGUUACAGGAAGAAGAAAGUAGAGAAAGACGAGUUACCGGAUGAUAGCGAGCUCUACCGGGAUCCUACAAAUACGCUUUACUACACGAACCAAGGUCUAUUGGACGAUGCAGUUCCAGUUUUGCUUGUUGAUGGUUAUAAUGUGUGUGGAUAUUGGAUGAAGCUAAAGAAACAUUUCAUGAAAGGAAGGCUUGAUGUUGCUCGGCAGAAGUUAGUUGAUGAACUUGUGUCCUUCAGUAUGGUUAAAGAGGUUAAGGUAGUGGUUGUGUUUGAUGCUCUCAUGUCUGGUCUCCCUACUCACAAGGAAGACUUUGCAGGUGUUGAUGUGAUUUUCUCAGGAGAAACUUGCGCUGACGCUUGGAUUGAAAAGGAGGCAAGGAAAAGAUCUCUUGACCCCAAAGGCAAAGAUGGAUGCCCCAAGGUUUGGGUUGUAACAUCUGAUGUCUGUCAACAACAAGCAGCACAUGGAGCGGGAGCUUACAUUUGGAGUAGCAAGGCACUGGUUUCUGAGAUCAAAUCAAUGCAUAAGGAGGUUGAGAGAAUGAUGCAAGAAACAAGGUCAACAUCUUUCCAAGGGAGAUUGUUGAAACACAAUCUUGAUUCUGAAGUCGUGGAUGCUCUUAAAGAUCUAAGAGACAAAUUAUCAGAAAACGAGACAAAGAGAUGACAAUAAGGCUUGGUCUCUCCAUGUAACUUCUGUCCUAAGUGGUUGCAUUGAGAGAAGAUGGAUGCCCCAAGGUUUGGGUUGUAACAUCUGAUGUUUGUCAACAACAAGCAGCUCAUGGAGCGAUAUUGCCCAUCAUAUUGAUGUUAUAAAAUCGUGAUUUUGAU